CAAAGCCAAAAACGAUAGACGAUUUCUGGAGGAUGAUUUGGCAGGUUGGCUCAGGCAAAAUUGUAAUGCUGACAAACCUCAUGGAGGGCCGGAAGACAAAAUGCCACAAAUAUUGGCCAGACGAAGGACACGUAUUUUCUACGAAGACAUUUGAUCUCAAACUUGACAGAGAAAGAAUAUAUGCAUUUUAUGUUCUACGUGACAUUUCCGUUAUGAAUAAGAAGAGCAAUCAAGAACGUCAAGUGCACCAGUUCCAUUUUACAACAUGGCCAGACCACGGAACUCCCGACAACCUUGACCUCGUCCUCUUUCAUCGCCGUGUGAUGACAUAUAAAACACAACUUACUGGUCAAAUAAUUGUUCACUGCAGCGCUGGCAUUGGAAGAACGGGUACAUUCAUUGGCUUAGAUGCACUACUCACUCAUUGGAAGAAAACAGGACAGAUCGACAUUCCCAGCUACCUCACUGUCAUGCGGAACAAUAGGAUGGAUAUGGUUCAAACACAUAAACAGUACAUCGCUCUACACGAGCUACUUAUAGAAGGAUACAAUUUACAAGAUACGUAUAUUUCCCGGACAAAAUUCCCUGCUGCUCUGGAAACACUUUUUCCUAAGAAGGCUACAUCAGUCAACAAUACUAAAUUGGUCGUUGAAUUUGAGGCAUUGCAGAAAUGUAAUCCGAACUUCACAUCUAGCUCCUUUACGGCGGCGAUGAGAAAGGAAAAUAGAGACAAGAAUCGAGACCCCAAUAUACUUGCUGCUGACAUGUUUAGGCCAUUUCUUCAGUCACAGUCGUCCAACAGGACAGAUUACAUCAAUGCUGUUGUGAUUCAGUCAUAUACUUCGAAGUUUGGCUAUAUCAUGACACAAUUUCCUCUAGAGGACACGUGCGAUGACUUUUGGGCCAUGGUGUUUGACUACAGCUGCAGGAACAUCGUCGUCCUGGGAAACCUGGCGGAAGAGUACUGGCUUCAGGAUAAUCCGGCCAAAAGAAGAGCAUUCUCGGUGAAAAAGAUUAAAGAGCUUCCCACGUAUGCAGAGGUGACCAUUAAUGAUUACAAAGUAGGAAAUCUGCGGACUAGUAAUGCUACAACAGUAAGAAUUUACUCCAUGCCCCAGUGGGCGUCUGACUCCUUAUUGCCGAACUCCGACUCAUCUCUCAUUCAGCUCUUAGAACAGCUGGAUAGUCGGCGACGGGCAGACGACACGCUUCCCGUAGUCGUUAUGUGUCGGAACGGAUGCACACAGAGUGGACUAUAUUGUUGUAUAUCGAACAUCAGAGAUCAACUGAAAAUGGAUGAGGAAGUGGACAUAUUUCAAGCGGCACGGCAAUUGAAAAGGCGACGCCCAGAGGCGUUAGGAAAUAUUAAUCAAUAUCAAUACUGCUAUAAUAUCCUUGGAAAAUAUAUAGAAUCCACCGACGUGUACAUGAACUGAGAAGAACCUUUAUUGUGUGGAUUGUUCCACAGGAGGACAAUAUAUUUCAUUGAAGUAUGUAUCUUCUUAGCAGAACAUUGUAGAUAUGUAUGUUACAAAGUACAGCAUUAUACUGAAUGAAAUAUGUAUGACAUUAAUGAAAGGGGACAUCAACUUAUUAGAAAUCCUUGAAGUAUACGUCGUUACUUUCUAUUGACCAUCCAUGACCUUCACAAACGUGUGUAUCAAAUGAACAGAGUCACGUGUCUUAUUUCUCGUUAUACUGAAGAAAACAUUCAUGGCAAUCACGAAAGAAACGGGUUUUCCACAUUGGAGAAGUACAAGCCCGUCUGAACAUUAAUGUUGCUAUAAUAGCAAUGUGGAUUUUGAUUGCAGUUAAGUUCUGGUCAAAUUUGAUGGUAUAAGUACGGCACAAUGUAUAAACAGUAGUAGUUUUACUAUUGAUAUAUUAACAUAAAAAGCAAAACCAUUAUAUUUAUAUGUAAUAUCGAUGUUGUAUUCAUAAACAUGUUACAUAUAUUUCUUACCUUGGAUUGUAAAUAGCGAUGUAAAUUUACUCAUGUCAUUUAUUUACUUGAAGACGUCGGAAGGAUCAAUAUUAAUACGAGAACAUACUUCGACAUUCACACAGAAAUGUAACUAGUAUAUAAUAGUUUUAUUUUAACCGUAAUCAAGUGACGCAUUUAAGUCAUCAGAACAUCACGAGGGAAAACCGCUUCCCUACACUGGGCCCAGGGACUUGUAAUUUGACAGCAUAUCAAGCUACUAUCCUGUAAACAUUUUGAUGGAAUUUUGACAAAAGUUUUUAUUUAUUUAUUGUAUUUAUUUAUUUUAUCUAUUUAUUGCUGAAUCUAGAUUUCGUUAACAAAUAAAUAUCUUGCAUACGUAUUACGUACAAACCGUAAUCAUAUUG